CUAGAUCCCGGCAUGCAACUGUACCCCCCAACCUUUUCAAACAUGGCGCGGAAUUGACUAUAUUUCUUCUAACUUUAUCUAUUGAUACAACUCUAUCCAUGUUUGUUAAUUAUCGCCGUUCUACAUUUGCGUGAGAUAUUUAGGUUUUACACAAGACGACCAAUAGGUUCUGCAUUAAGCAGAUCCCAUCUGUUAGUGAGCCAGGAAGUGACGUGGGCUGAAAAAAAGGCAAGGAAGCGAUUCACAUCUAUCUAGCAGGAGACACAGCAAUAGGAAUGUCACAACGCGGUGUCCCAGCAGGUCCUAGGACCUCGCUGGGAGACAAGAUGCGACAGAUGACAGAGCAGCAACGUUUGAUAGAACAGAGGAAGCAAGAGAUAGAGAGAAAGCUGGAGCAGUCGCCGGCGCAGCAUCCAAACAAGCAGCCCAUCGUGACGGGAAAGAUGUUCGGAGCAAAGCGGCAAAAGGUCUCUGCGAUGCCACAGGAUCUUCCUUUAGCUGGCAUCCACAUCCCACCGCCUCCCCCAAUCCAAGGUCCAGCCGAGCCGGCGGCGCAGAGCAAGGUUGUCCCGUUCCAAAAUGACGGCAGUUUUCUCGAGACAUUCAAGAAGAUGUACGGUGGUGCAAAAGAAGAAGCUUGUCCAGCAGCUCCUGUAAGCAGCAAAACUAUUCCUCUAGGGCCAAGGGAAUCUCAGACAGAAUUCCUAACAUCACAGCAGCGGUCCGGUGAAGUGAAACUGACUGAUGUAUUUGAUUUGGAGGAUGAGAGCUCUGAUGUUGCCGCUGAUGGUCGCUCAGCUAAAAGGAAAGUCUCUCCACUAGAGGACGGUGAGCUCCGUGGUAUCAUUGACAAGCUGGCCGAGUUUGUGGCGGAGGGUGGAGCAGAGGUAGAGGAGGCAGCCGUAAAGAGCAACAGAGACAACCCGGCAUUCUGGUUCUUGUAUGAAGAGAAUAGUAGAGCUCACAAGUAUUAUAGGCAAAAGGUUGAAGAACUGAAGGAAGAGAAAGGCCUCAAGAAAAAGCGGAGAAGUCGAUGGGGAGAAUCGGAAGGAAAUAGCGACCUGGCUCCCCCUGGUGUCGCUAGCAUAAGCGCACUAGGGGCAGAGGCAGCAGCAGCAGCAGCAGCAGCAGCAGCAGUGGUACCACCACCCCCGGCCCAUCCGUGGAGCGUCGGUGCACGAGGGUUCAGCAUUCCGGCACACGUCAACAUGGUCGGCAGUUCAGAACUGUCUGACGCCCAGCGGCGGCAGAUCUGGGAGCAGCAGCAGAUGAGCAAGCUGUUUGAGCAAAUGAAGGCGCGGAAGAAGGCCCUGGAGGAUGCGGCGCGGCAGGGCAAGCCCCGGUACGAGUACGACUCUGACGAGGAGGUCGACGGUGGAACGUGGGAGCACAAGCGCCGCAUGGUGGAGAUGGAGGCAACUAAAGAAUACAACACAUGGAUUACGGACAUGAACAGGGGGCGCCACCACAUAGGCGACUUUCUGCCUCCGGACGAGCUGAAGAAAUUCAUGGAGAAAUUCACGGCUAUCCAGGAAGGAAGGGAUCCUGAUCUCUCCGACUACAAGGAACACAAGCUGACAGAUACGAACGUCGGCUACCAGAUGCUUCAGAAGAUGGGCUGGGAGGUAGGCAAGGGUCUUGGCUCCGAAGGCAAAGGCAUCGUCGAUCCCAUCAACAAGGGGCAACAGCCCGUGGAAAACAUGGGACUGGGGCACAACCGCCCCGAUAACCUUGCCCAGGGAGAUGACGAGUUUGAAGCCUACCGAAAACGCAUGAUGCUGUCCUACAGAUUCCGACCCAACCCUCUGAACAAUCCACGCAGACCCUACUACUAGCCACCGGAGGUAGUCGGGGACUGGCUCGUAAUUGCUAGGGGGCACCGGUGCUGUCGCGCGACACCUCCUCGGCUCGUCGCGUCGCGGCUAAGAUGUUGUUGUACUCGUCACCCGUCCAUCGUUGUAUCGACGUGUCGCACCGGCGAGAUGAGGUGUGGGGUGAAGUAGGUGGCGGCAGAACACUGCUGUGGCAUGACACCACGUGGGAGACUGCGACUUGGUCCUGUGGUAGUGUAUGGGCGGUGCA